AUGACCGCCCGCCCCGGAAUGGGUCGGCGCUUGGAGUGGCAAGGCUUCGAGCCCACCGCGGUGUCACCGAUGAAGAACGGCCAGGGCCACAUGUCCUCGGCGGCCAGCGACGCCAGCAGCUGCCAAAUGCCCAUGGCCUCGCCGAUGCAGAGGUUCAGAGACCGCCGGGAGAGCGGGAAGCAGGUGCCUGUGGAGGUGGAAACGGUGCGCCGGGGCAACUCCGACAGCUCCUUGCCCUCAUCUGCGGCACAGGAAGCCUUGAAGGACGAAAUGAACAAAGAGCCGGGCUUCGACUUGCAGAAGCAGAUCGUCGAGGAGGUGAACCGCGUCUUAGAGAACCGGCUGGCCGCCAAGGAGGAGACGGAAGCCUUGAAGAAGGAGCUCGAUAAGGCCCUGAACGAUCGGGAGAUCGAGGUGCACCAGGUGCAGCACCUCACGGAGCGGCUCAUCGAGAUGGAGCAGCGCCUGGAGCGCGAGGCGGACGCCCGCCGCAAGAUCCAGGCGAAGUUGGAUCAGGGAGUGCUCAUUGAGAGUGAGCUGCACCAAAAGGACAUGAAGAUCUCGGAGCUGGAGCGGAAGCUGAAGGCCAAGGUGGAGGAGGCCAGGAACCUCAAGGUGCGCCAGGAACGCUUGGAGAAGCAGGUGGAUGACACCAGGUCUUUGAAGGAGAAGGGUUCAAAGGACCGCGAGGCCUGGUUCCGGGAGCGCGAGGUUUUGGUGCAGGAGCGCCGGGACCUCGAGGAGAAGCUCUUCGCCGCGCAGACGCGGGCCAAGUCCCUGGAGCAGCGCUGCCAGGAGAGUUGGAAGAUACCUUGA